UGAGCUCGCUCCCUCCGCCCCACUCCACGGUCCUGGUACCGCUACCGUGGGGCCAGUGUCCUGCGCCCCUCCCCCGAGGGUGCGGGCAGGGCUUCUGGGGUCUCAUGGUAGUGAGCUGACGUCCUCAGUUUCCCCAUUCCUCCUAGGAGCACUUCCCCUUUUCUGGGCAGGUUCCCGGCCAGCUUGCCGGGCCGGCCCCACCGGCUGGGGAGGUGGUGGAGAGCGUACACCUCCCCCGUUUUGAACAUGGGGAAACGGAGGUCCUGGCGUUGAUCUAAGUGUGGUGGGGGCUGCCCCGAGGCUCUCGGCCACCUCUCCGUGAGUCACUGCCCCCUGUGGACUCUUAUUCCCACUCCCUCUCCCUGGGAGCCGGGAGGGGGAGGAGAUGGAGGCGCUGCUCUGAGCAGGCCCUGCCCGGCCCUCCUCCUAGCUUCAAGAUGCAGCCCACGCCCACCAUGGCCGCGGCCGCCGCAGCCGCCAGCACCGCUGCCACGCCCGCCCUGACCUCGAGGUGGGACAACACCACCAGCAGCCCCACCGCGGAGCCUGACCCCAUCCUCAACAACUACGUGCUGCUGGCGGUGGUCCUGUCGCUCUUCGUCGGUGGCACGCUUGUGGUGCUGUCCGGAGUGCUGCUCCUGUGCCGGCGCUGCUGGGAGGCCCACCAGCGCGUCAACAGAGCCAUAGAGGAUGCGGAGAAGACCACCACCACAUACCUAGACAGCGGCGCUCACCCAGCCCAAGACCCUGACUUCAGGGGGGAGGACCCCGAGGGCCAGGACGCCGAGACAGAGCGCUUCCUGUCCACCAGCUCCACCGGCCGCCGGGUGUCCUUCAAUGAGGCAGCCCUGUUUGAGCAGAGCCGGAAGUCACAGGACAAGGGGCGCCGGUACACCCUGACGGAGGGGGACUUCCACCACCUGAAGAAUGCCCGCCUCACGCACCUGCACCUGCCGCCCCUCAAGAUCAUCACCAUCCAUGAAUGCGAUGUGGGCGAAGCCAGCGCCACCCCCCCACCCCACGCUGCCGCUGCCCCCAAGGCCAGCCUCGCCAUAUUCCAGCCCCCGGGGAAGGCCCUCACUGGCCGCUCUGUGGGCCCCAGCUCCGCCCUGCCAGGUGACCCCUACAACUCGGCCGCGGGCCCUGCCGACUUUGAGAUCAGCCCCUUGGCAUCCAGCGACUCCGGGGAAGGCGCCUGGUUGGAUGCAGGCAGCCGAGGCACCAAGCCCGUUGGGCCGGGAGCCCCAGGGGGGCCCGGGGAGGCAGGUCCAGGCUCCGGGGCAGGACCUGUUCUGCAGUUCUUCACCCGCCUGAGGCGCCAUGCCAGCCUGGAUGGGGCCAGCCCCUACUUCAAGGUCAAGAAAUGGAAGCUGGACCCCAGCCAGCGGGCAUCCAGUCUGGACACCAGAGGCUCCCCGAAGCGACACCACUUCCAGCGGCAGCGGGCAGCCAGCGAGAGUACAGAGCAGGAGGAGGGGGACGCCCCCCACAGGGACUUCAUCCAGUACAUCGCCAGCGCAGGCGACGCGGUGGCCUUCCCACCCCCCCACCCCUUUCUGGCCAGCCCCACCAGCCCGUCCCCCGCUCUCGGCAGGUAUUUUUCCGUAGAUAGAAGUGGCAGGGGUGGACCUGUGGGCCCCUGCUCCGCCCAGUCCCCCCCUCGGUGGCCUGGGGAGGGCUCUCCCCACCCUGCAGACACAUCACGUUCCUCCAGCUCAGCCGUCCCUCUUGGAGGCUGCCUCGCUGGGGCCAUGUCUCCAACAAGGACCAGAAGAGGGAAACAGGGGGAGACUGGGUAAGGGUAGGGGGGCAGGUGGGGCCCCGGAUGAUGCCUGCCCAGGGGUGUGUGCCUGCUUGGAUAUUACUGCAUCCUGGUAGAGUCCAUGGCCCCCAGAGGUCCUCUGUGGCCUGGUGCCCCUUCCCUUCCUACCUGUGUUCCUGAGGGCUGGACGGCCCCUUCUCAUAAAUUGUGACCAGGGCUGCCGGCAGUACUCCCUCCCCCAGGAGGUAGCGGGGUGGCCACAGAGCUUGGGCAGUGCCCUGGGAGUAGAGGCCGAGCUGGACUCCCGCCUGGCCCCGUCCCCGGUCACUUUCUUCUCCGCCGAGGUGUUGGGGCAAGGCGCCAACCACCUGCAGUGCCAGCAGGUGGUUGGGUCAGAUACUGGUAAAAAAUGCCGUGUGAUUGAAAAGCAGGUGCCAGAAAAGCACCCUCUGCAACAGGAACUGUCGGCAUUUUCUUAAAAUCCGUUCUCCACAGAGUCUGGCAGAACCUAGGGGGUCCCCAUCCGCGCCCACCCUUCUGGACCCAGAGGCAGGGUGGCUAGGGAGGCCGUGCAGGUGGGAGAAUGUGCAGGGGCGUGCA